CGAAGGCGAAAGAAGUGGAUGUUUUGAGGGGAGCAGUAGAGGACCGUGUGCUGAAGAUGUCUCUGUGGAUGAUAUUACCUGUCAGCCUCCCAGCUCUGACCAUCACUGGAAUAUGGGUUGUCCCUAGCUGCCAGUGUGCUCCCAAGAGCCAAACAGAACCCUGGGCAUCUAACCUCUGCUCUGAUGUUCUGAUCUGCAGUAAAUGCGGCACACUUCCUCCAGAGAGCUGCUUCUUCAGCCUCAUCUGCAGCACCGGAUCCUUUAUGGUAAUGGUGAUUGUGUUGCUGCGCUAUGCCCAUGUGAUAGAGAAGCACCAGAACUGCGUGUUAAACACAGCAAGUCUCUCCACCGGCUGGAUCUGUGCUGCAGGACUCAUCAUGGUCGGCAACUUCCAGGUGGAUAACGCCAAGGUUCUUCACUAUGUUGGAGCAGGGGUGGCCUUCCCCACCAGUAUGCUGCUUGUGUGUCUGCAGUCUGCGCUGACCUACCGCCUGGCAAAGACUCAGGGAGAAUAUAAUGUGGGUCAUUUGCGCCUCUUUAUGACCCUGCUGGCCUUUGUAGCCCUGGUGCUUAGCGGGGUGUUUUUUGUCCAGGAGAGUUUUGUCCUGCAACAUGCAUCAGCCAUUUUCGAGUGGGUCUUCUGUCUCAUUAUUAUGCUGUUCUACGGCACAUUCGCUUUUGAAUUCGCCGGGAUAUCUAGUGACACAAUGAUGGUGCUGGCCCGAGGGCAAUCUCUACAGUCCGUAAGCCGAGACCACAAAAUAGAGUCUCUUGCUGGGGCCAGUCAGCACCAGCCUGAGAGCCUGUCCAUACUGUAACCUCAGUGUCCUGUAUCUGCCAAUCUCCCUCAGCACUAGAAAAGAACACUACAACCGCAGCGGGAAAGUGACAGAAACUGGACCUGGCUCUCAUACAACCGGCUUACCUUUUGCCAAAGAAUCCAGCUCAGAUUUUGCACAUUAUUGAGAGAUUUCUUCACUCUUUGGGGACCUUUUGAAUCGCACAGCUUCCAUACUGGGAAAAACAAAGUUCAUUGCCAGGAUGUGUUGGAGUUUCCAUUAGAUCUCAUUGGGAUUUUGAAGUAUCUGUGUUACUUGGAUAAAGGAACUACAGACUGCUAGUUGGCUAAACUACAUGCGUCCAUUGGUGAAACUAGAGGACCGCUGCAUCAAUAGCAUAAUAAACUAAUCCGAAGCCUUCUGCAACACUCAAGCAUUUUAACAAUGGUUGUCAUGCCAAUUCCAAACAUUGCAAGACAAUGGAUCCAAAAAUGCUGAUGUUUUUCUGUGCCUUUAGGUUUUUGUUUUUUUCAAAGGCAGUGAUGGUUAAAUCAUAUAACAUUUUAUUGUCACAUAUCUCUGCUGUUUGAUAACUGAUCAAGGUGGUUCAUUUUGCCUUAAUCACCAUAUGCUGUCUGAAAUGUAUUUUUCAGGAGAUUGUCAUUACCAGUGUGCCUUAUACCAAAAACCAAAUACUGAUAUUUAAUAGAAAUGUAUGUCAAUUGCCUUGAAUAUAUAAGGCAUGUAUUUUUUUCAUAUGCAGCAAAAAUUAUGCUAGUUGUAAACAACUAAGCUGAACGAGAUCAGCAAAAACUUCUCGCGAAACUGGUGCAUAAACUUAUCACAUUAAGUCUCCAGUAAUUGGUAGAGUCUAUGAGUAUUGCUGUACAUUUUGACCAAAUGUAAUUGAGAAGAGAGUUCUGUGGUCAGUGUGAUCAUAGGUUUCCCUCUUUCUGUCACUGUGGGAAUUGUUGUGUGUUGAGUGGGGGGUUUACGGGAGUUACAAGGAAGCGUCUAGUAAUGAAAGACUCAGAAGCUGCCCUUUAAUGUAAAGGGUGACUAGUUUAGGUGUCUUAGAUGUACAGUAGGUCUCUGUGAGCUGUUUUUUUUUGCAGACAAAAUUACUUGCAGCAGGACUGCAAGUUUAUAAUUGAUUUUGUUUGUUUUGAAAAAACAGAUGCAGUUUGGUUUAUAUUGGUCAAAUGUUUUCACACUACCAGCAUGACAAAAAAAUCAUAUUGUUCCUCAGUCAUUAUCAAGGGAGUUUUGUCAUUUAAUUUGUCAGGAUAAGAGCCAUAUUUAUGCUUCUCACCAUUUGAUUCCACCAGUGCUGUCCUGAAAACAUCUUUCAUGUCAUUUCAGUUUGCUAAUUCUCUUCGCUCAGGAAUUCAGAUCUGUCUUUUGCUGUCACAUAUCUUCUCUCUGUGUUCCAGACUGCAUUGAUCCACCAGAUAUGAGUAAAAGUUUAACUGUUUCAGUUACUUAUUUAGAACAUUUCCUCCAUGUAGCCAGAGAGCUUUAUUUUGCUUGGAUUGCAUCAUUGGGACUGUUAACCCCAUAAAUUGGUUUAAUUUGUUGUUUAAACCAUUGACUCAGAAGUACUUCUGAUAUUGCGUAAAGAAAUCAUUCAUCCAAAAAUAAAACUUCACCAUAUACUCAACUUCAUUUUUUUUUAAUUCAAAUGCUGUUAUGUUCCCUGUGGAAGUCAAAAGAAGAAAUUUGACGAAUUGUUGUGCAGCUUUAUUCCACACCGGACUAUUCACAGUAAUGACCACCAUAAAAGUAGCUCAUAACACUUUUUUUUGGUGCUUAACAGACAUGGUCACCAUGAGAUUAAUUUUUAAAGUAACAAGCAAAGAACCUGCAUCUUCAAAAGUCUGCAACUAUUUUCAUUUUGUGUUUCAAAGGGGGAAAAAUAAAUAAGAGGUCAACGUGAGGGUGAAAAGGUCAUUUUUGACUAGUUAAGAAACCUGUUAAGAGUAAUUUUCCUGCGUUACCUUUUGCCUAGACUUGUGUUCCUUCAUGUAUUAUCUAUUAAGUUUGCUUAAACUUGGACUCUGGAGUCUGACGGUCAAUAGCUGUACUGUUGCAAACAUGCUGUCAUCAUUCAACAAGACUCUGCCACACAUUAGCAUUUAAUGAUAUACAAGAUAGCAAAAAAUAUCUUCAUGUGCCUUUGUUUCAACCAAAGACUGAAUCACUCAUUUUUAAAUUUGCCUUAAAAUGUAUGGAAAUAAAGCAGAAUCAAACAUUACUCUCAUUAACUUUUCUCUUAUCUCUGUGAAUGAACUUUGCUUAAGUCAUGUAGACUGUCACACAAUUCCUGUUAGUGGUCACCAUGGCCUUGGAGUUUAUUUAAACACAUUCGAAUUUGUUAUUCUUGUUUGACUUAUCAAAUGCUUUGCUUCAGUCAUGCUGGUUGGCAUAUUAACCAAUAAACGAGUCAUUUAUUGUGUUUAAAGACAUCCAUUCUGACACCAGACAUAUAUGAAGAAUUUUCCACACUUUUAAUUAUUCACAAUUAUUUACAUGUCAGAUCUCAAAUUCAAUCUUAAAGACAAAAGUUGAAAAUCUGAAAGAAAACGGUAAGAAUAAGAUGGUUUAUAGAGUUUUUAAGGGUUAAUGCCUCUGACUCCGAAGUCUAAAGAAAACAAAUGAGUGGCUUUCACACACAUCUCAAGUGUGCAACAUUAUCUGGCUUUGUUCAUAACUGAAGUACAUAAACACACAUACACAUGCUCACUGUCCAGUGGUGACAAUUAAUGUAAGACCAGCACAGGAUCUGUACACAUAAACAACAAUAUUCUAAAAAUAUCCCUCUGCCAUUAUCAAACAUUAAUGAGAUUAAUACAGUCACAAAUGAAGCAUAAAAAGCUAAUGUUCUUAUGAUGCAA